AAGUGCUACUGAAUCAUAACCAUCUUUAGCAACUGAAGCAUCUUUAUCAUGAAAAACUCACAUUCUUUUAUUUGUUUACACAGCCACCUUUUAGUCUGAGAAUUAUCAGGGAGAAGAAGAAGAAGAAAGAAACCAAAUUCUCAAUCUCACAUUGAGCAAGAAAGAUGGAUGGUAUAACUGAUCACAACGGUAAACAAAUAAUGUUAUCUGAUAGUGAAGAUGAUGAUCUUCCAGCAACCCCUCAAAGAAGAAUAAGAGCACUUGUUGUGGACACUGACGACCACCUUCGAGAGAUUCAUGCAGAUAUGUUGAAAAGACUUGGUGUGGAAACUCGUUCAGUGAAAACUGGCCAAGAAGCUCUAGAAAUAAUUCGUUACGAUGAAAUCUAUGACUUAAUUCUCCUUGCUAGGCAUUUUCCUGUCAUUGAUGGGGUUCAGGUGACGAAGAUGCUGCGGGACAUGGAGUACCCUGCAACGAUUGUUGGGGUGACGCGUCGGCUUACAGAAUCACAAUGGGAAGAAUUUUUUAGUGCAGGGCUAGAUGAUUGCAUUGAUUACGAGACACCUGUGAGCGCGAAAACGCUUGCAUUCGUUGUUGAAACUACUCCCCGUCGCCAAACCUGGAAGCUAAGAAAUGUUUAUAGUACAGUUUACCAAUCUUUUCUCGGUCCUCGUCCAGCUUCUGGUUCUGGUUCUGGUUCAAGUUCUACUUCUAGAAAAGAUUAA